AUGAUGCGCCGAGUGGCUUCGACUGGAAGCAAUGGGGGACAUUGUUACGUUGGUUCGUCCUUGUGGGCAGACAGUGUGUAUAUGGAGGUUUCCUCCAUAACUUUACAGAAGCGUUUCUCCUUCAAGUAUGCAACAAAGCUUCAGCACGACGAAAUGCGGCAGCCGUAUUACAUCCAUGAAAAACGCUACGGCAUCUUUAGUAACGAAAGAAACAUAGCCAAAGCGAGGCGCGGUCUUCCCUUCAUCACUCCCCUCUACACGAAGCAUAUGAAUCUUUGGGAUACCGACACAGACGCUAGCAACAAUCGUUUCUUCAGAGGCUAUUAUUAUGGCCAGCGGGAGCUGCACCAGUUACUUGGGCGACCCCACAGUCUCGAAGCAACGAACGCUGAUGGCAGCAACGACUUGUCCACGUACGAGGCCAACACAAGCCAAUUAUACAAGGGCAUACCGCGACCUGCUAUAACGAAUCUACACUAUGAGCCCGCGUGGCGCUAUACAUUAUACCAAGCAGGUGCGCACGGAGCGCAGCUCUCCAACCCACGUAGUCCCUUCACCGCCAAAGUGCUUGGUGACGAAUUGAUGCAAGUGCGCGACAUCAAGAGCGUAGAGCAUUGCAAAGCUUGGUUUGAUCGUUUGCAGUACCUCAUCAACUUACACUAUGAGGCGGUAGGUGACAUUGGAGAGUUCAAGUCUCGUCACACCCGACACGUGCACGAGUUCUUCGUUGCCUUUCACGAUGCACUGAGCAGCCUUGACUUUCGUGAUACGUACCUAUUCGACCAGUUCAAGGCGGUCCGCCCUCCGGAGUUAUCGGAUCUAUUUGGCAUCUUCCUUGAGAUGGAAGCCAACUACGUUCAUGAAGACUAUUGCCCCCGGUGCAGUCUACCGUACAGCACUACCCGUUACUGUGGUGAAGGGGAUGUGGAUACGCCGUUCAGAAAGCACCGUGGGCGAUGGGCCCCUCAUCAAAAAUGGGGACGUGAGUGGUAUGACGUUGUGGCACGUCGUGCAGAGGCCUUAUGGUACCGUGCAACGGAGGACCCAUACUUUGGGACACCGCAGCAUACCCAGCGACAGGCGGAGGCACUGCUGAAGGUGUAUGUACAGGCGAAGCAACGGGGAAAGGCAAUUGAUUUUAUGAAUAAGCUACGGGGAAGUGUAGAGUACCUGACAGGGGACAUAACCAUCACAACAGUCAUGCAAGAGUCCUAUGACGCGCUGCUCGACACAACACCUCAUCCACACCUUUUAACAAACGGCUUCACACUGGAGAGUGAUGCGGCGAAGUACACUGGAGAAGUGAACAAGGCGCCGCUUUCUCCGUUGCAAUUUCGUAUCGACAUGGAAAUGAACAAGUACCGCAGACAGCAAAAAGAAGAAGGUGUUGUUCGUGUUCCACCCGCCUUGUGGCGUCUGGAUACAUCUGCAAUUGUACCAUACAAGGUUGAUUCCAAGACAAGACGCAUCGUUAACUGGCGUGAGGUAAAGGAGGGCAUCGAAAAAUCAUUCCUCUCCGUGGGGCUGCCGAAGGAGGCGUAUACUGGCAACGAGUGGCGCGAGAUGUUGUACUUGCAUGAUGUUAUUGCUAACCGAGAGGCCAAGGCGGCGGUGUUGGAGCAGCAGCAGAAGCUUGACCGCGAGAAAUUGAAAGCCCGAGAAAGAGCUUCAUUGAAGGGUGAGAAAAGCAGCAACAGUGCCAGCAAUGGCAUUGGCAUUAUAUUCCCCGAUAAAGAUGGCUAUCAGGUUUUCUUCGUAGACGAGGCAUCCCUUCGACCUUUUGGUAUUGGGGCCUCCGGAACACUGUUCAAAGCCGUUGCCCGCGUGUACCCCUCGCCCGCGGCGGUGCCGUACGACGAUCCAGUCCAUGGAAAGCAGUUUCUGAUUGACACAACAGAUGAAACAUGCCACCUUUUUGGCGGCUUUGAACAUGGUGAUCGAUUACUACUACGUGCUAAGAGUAGUGGAGGUGAUGUUGAUGGUGGUAACAAUAGCAAUUGUAGGAAUACCGGUAGCUUUACCGACGAGGAAGAGGAGGUAAUAGUGAUGGGUGUUAGCACAGAAGGCAGCGAUGCGGAACGAAUGUUGUGCGCCAUGCACGUGGAUACUGGGAAGCAGCGGGAGCGUGGGAUUGUUUUCCUUGGAACCGACUGCAUUGACAUACGCGAGCGAUGGGAGUCGGUUCGCUAUGCCGCAUCUGCGUAUGUGAAGGGGCGUGUGACGUUGUUGGAAUCGCAGCGAACAGCGCGAGAAGAAUUUAUGGGACAGGUGGUUGGUAUUCGCGACGGUGUGUUGUUUGUGCAGUGGCGGCUUCUGAAAGGUGGCGGGAGCGUUCUUGAUCGCAGUGUUGCGGUACCUAUUGGGGACUCAACUCAAGUGCGUGAACUGUUUGUUGAGACAAAGGUGCUUGGUGUUGAACCGUUGCAGUCGCCACCCUCGUGGCGAACACCAUUUCGGAAUGACUUUGCGGAAGAGCGUCUUAAGGAGUUGCAGCGGGCGCCCUUCAAGAGGGAAAAAUAUGUCUCUCUAAUUCAGGGUAAGUACACACCGAAGGUUAAGAAGUUUGGCUACACUCAGCACACAACUGUGGAUGACUUCGAAACGAAGGAGUAUAAAGACCGACUGCUCUCGAAGCAGUUCUUCCAAAACCCACAGGCUUUUGAGGUAGUCCCUGACCGGAACGAGCGCAGUGUGCAGUUUGGUGGUAAAUGGGAAUAUCAACGAACGCAUGGCCUUCCAACUGUCGAUCGAAACGAACUGGAAAACGGGUGGAGCGAGGUAGAACCAAUUAGCGACGGCGAGAUGAAAGUGAUUGAGCAAGCGCUACGCGACAUCAGUGGUCCCCGUCCUGGAAACUUUGUUAAACCGCCUAGCAAAACAAAAUCACUUCAGUUGAGCGAAAGUUGGUGGGAACCACUUGGGUACGGUUGGGAACAACACAAUGAGGAACAGAAAGCGUUGUGCGAUGUAACUGAGCAGCGGCUUAUUGACGGUUCAAAUCUACCAUUCGGGGGGAAAUUGCCACCGUUUGGGACUUCAUACGGUAUGGGUGAACGUAUGCGCGCAAUCAUUGAGGAUUACUCGAAGGGAUUCGGACUAGGGCCGCACGGACACUCGCCGACUCACGACACAAUACAUUACAACACAUUAAAUGCUGAAGGUGAGCGUGUGCGUGAUUUGGGUUACACUGAUGCACUUGGACGUCUUUUCAGCGAGAAACUUGGGGACAGGGACGUGCACCAGUGGGCUGUGGAAUCAUGUGCCGAUGGCGAAGCGGAUGUGAGGCAGCUCCUACUCUCGUUGCACGAAUGGCGCGAGCGUGGUAGGCCGCCGUCGCUGUUACUGGCUAAUGUACUGUCAAAGUAUCUUGAGGAAGAGAUUGCUGCGUUUAACAAGGGCAUUCCUGAAAAUGCACCCAAGCUUCAACUUGAGACAUCGGAUGGUACGUUAGCCCACAGCGGAAGCGGUGGGUCGCGAAGUGGAACGAUGUGGGCGGAUGUUGAUCCAACAACUUUUGCUUUGCAUCAGGCCAGUCAAAGCAUCCGCAGCACUAGAUGUGAUGAACCCUUUAUCCUUCACCUUGUGAAGCGUGCGAAGUUGGGCGAAUGCGUCACGAACUUCACAGAUACUGCGUACAUCGCCCACCUCGAAAGUUCUGUUAUCAAUGAAUUCCACUUGGCCCUGACGAAGCUAGUUGGGAAGGGCAUAUCCCCGACCUUGCUUGCGCAGAAAACUGGGCAGUUACACCGUGGUUCGGUGCGAGUGGGUGGAAAUGUAGUCCCGUUUGUGAAAAGCCGGGAGUUGUCAAGACUCCUGGAGCGUAUGGGGCUCACAUCGGAGAGCAUUGCUGUUAUCACGCGCGGGCUUGCCAAUUGCCCGGAGCAAGAGUCUGUUGGCGAUGACUUCGCAGUGCCCGUAUCGCUGAUCCUUUCAUGGGACGGUCCCGGGAGCAGCGGUGGCAGUGGCAGUGGUGACCGCCGUCUCAACACCACCGCCGUCCGCAACGAACAGCAACGUAAGGGUUCUGCGGCUCUUUCUAGUGCCAUACGGCAGCUCAGCCAACAUCAGAAGCAGCGUGGUAGUGCUUCAGGCAGAGGCUGGCAAAACGAGGACAAAAUGGUUGUUCACGUUCUGGAGGAACUGUCGUUACGAAAUGAUGGCCUAGUGAUGGACAUCCAAUAUGCAAUUCGUGAAAACAAGAAAAAUCGUCGCCUACGGUGGGAGUUCGUUACCACACUUCUUCCUGUUUUUGGUGGUAACGAAGCUAAAGUGGAGCAGCUGUACAGUGAUUACUGCGACGGGAAGUAUGUGCCCAACAUUACGGUAGCUGUAGAAGCUUUCAUUGCCUUUCUGCACAACGCUACGCAGCACCCGGAGACGUAUUCAGCUUCAGACUACUUCGACAUUGAUGACGGUAAGAGUUCAACUGCUAGCGGCACCGGUGACCAACCCUCUGCUGGACAGUACACCACCCUGAAGCUACUCGAUCCGUUGGAGGGUCCAUUCGUUUUUGACAACGUAAAGGUGGAAUAUAUCCAGACUGUGGAGCGAUUUAGGCGCCAUGGGAUUCGGGCUGGCCCAGUUAUGGCACCCGCAACCGGAUUUAUUGCGGCCAACUGCAAGUCGUUGAACUACUUUACUCGGCGGCAGGAGGAGGUGGUAUACGUCACAAAUGAUUCCGAUCAGGGAUUGCGGCGGUCGCUAGAAAACAGUGCGUAUCACAAGACGAUAGCGGCCAACCCCGCGUUGCAGUAUUUGCUCAAAGCUCGGCGCGGAGCAGCCUUGGUUGAGACGUUUAACCGAUUCUUCUACCGGACAAUGCCUAUGCUUAACUUUUACCAGAACGUGCUUAAACACUACUCAGAAACAAUUCAACCGCUCCGACAGGCAGCGAAGAGCAGUACACGCGGUUUGGCGCGGGCACUGGAAAGUGAGCGGUCCGCUGCAAUGGAGGAGUUUCGUCGGAACAGCGAGCGAUACUGGAGGAAUAUUAUUGAGGGUCGUAGUGUGGAGCAGGUCGUGCUGGCAAACGGUGAGUCAAAUAGGCGGACCGUCGGUGGUGGUGCCGGUGAGCAACUGCAGAAACCGCAGGGCAACCAUGAUGCCGUAAGAACGAACUUUACUGGCGAAGCGACAGAUGGAAGCAGGAAGGGGCAGAGACAACAUCAGCAACCACCGUUGUCGCAACAACAGCAGCAUUCCCGUGGCGAGGGGGAGCGAAGUGCCGUUCAUACUUCUCCCCGACAAGGUGGGUCCCGGGGUAUGGCGGAUUUGCUGUCCAGACUGAAUACACCCAAAACGGGAUCAGGUGUAAAGGGGAGCACUGCAAAAAAUACCGGUAACAAUAGACGUGGACCAAAAUCCUGA